AUGCAAACAGUGUUCAAGAAUGCUUUAGCCAAAUAUAGAGUAGUUUUUCUAAGACAUGGUGAAUCCUAGUGGAAUAAGGAAAACAGAUUCACAGGAUGGCAUGAUGUUACACUCUCAUAAAAAGGAGUUGAAGAAGCCAAGGCUGCUGGAUAAUUAUUAAAGAAAGAAGGAUUUUAAUUCCAUUAGGUUUACACAUCAGUGUUGACAAGAGCUAUUUAAACAUAUAACUAUGCAGCUGAAGAAAUGGGAUGCCACUAUUUGCCUGUCACUAAAACUUGGAGACUUAAUGAAAGACAUUAUGGUGCUUUGUAAGGCUUAAAUAAGAGUGAGACAGCACAAAAGCAUGGAGAGGAUUAAGUCAAAAUCUGGAGAAGAUCAUAUGAUAUCCCACCUCCUCCUUUGGAUCCAACAGAUGCCAGAAAUCCAGCCAAUGAUAGAAGAUACGCUGAUGUCCCUAAAGAUGCUUUACCACUUACUGAAUGCCUUAAAGAUACCGUUGUUAGAGUUAUUCCAUAUUGGCAUGAUCAUAUUGCUAAAGAUAUCCUUGCUGGUAAGAAUGUUUUAGUGGUCGCUCAUGGUAAUUCCUUAAGAAGCAUUGUUAAGUACUUAGAUAAUGUCUCUGAGAAAGAUAUUCUUGAGUUGAAUAUUCCUACAAGUGUUCCUUUGGUUUAUGAAUUCGAUAGCAAUUUAAAGUCCUUGGGAUCUUAUUAUUUGGGAGACCAAGAAGAAAUUAGAAAAAAAAUGGAAGCUGUUGCCAAAUAGGGUGCAAAGAAAUGAUAACAUAAAUUAGUACCAAUAAACAAAAUAAAAAAUUAUGCUCAUUACUCAUCA